GGUUGACCGUCCUACGUGUGUCACGAUGACAGCGUGACACAAGUGACGUCAUCGCCCGGGCUGUCCAGCCGUCGCCGAAGGUCAUAAAGGGGAGGAUGAAGUCGUUUCGGUGUGUAGUCAACGGUUGACCGUGCCAUGCGAAGUCCGCGCGUGUCGUGUGCAAUUUGUAGGGAAGCGCGGAGACCCUUUGCAAAGAUCCUCAUCAAGCGGGUUGAAAGGAUCUGCUAGGUGUUUGAACCUUUGAGUGCCCAAUAUACCCCGUAUUCACUGUUUCUUUACGCACCACCAAUUUGUUCAAAGUAAUCGCUCGGCUUCAUUGCUCAUACGCAUACCUACAUGCAGACCGCAGAGUGGGACAAGCCAGAAUCUGACCUCGACGAGGAUGAUAUUUUGGACCUGCAAGCCUCAGAGAAUGCGGAUGAGAGCAAGGGCUCUUGGGCAGGGACAAUGCUCAAGACAAGCCUUGGAGGGUUCCUUCACGGGUUGACUGGGACGAAGGUGCUCGAAGAGGGAGAUCUCGAACCAGUGAUGACCAAGAUGCGUGAGCAGCUCAUGGGUCGAAAUGUGGCCUCGGAGGUAGCAAAUGACAUCACGGCAUCGGUACAAGCAACGCUUAUCGACCAGAAACUCAAGGUGAAGACGGCGGUUCAGUCAGCUCUGAAAGAGGCGGUGUCCAGGGUCCUCACGCCCAAGAAGUCAACCGACGUUCUUCGCGAGGUCAAGGCCGCGCGUUCGAGAGGAAAGGUGUACUCAAUGGCCUUUGUUGGAAUAAACGGCGUUGGAAAGUCUACCUCUCUGGCAAAGGUGGCGUACUACCUGAAGGAGAAUGGCAUCAAGGUGAAAAAGACGCGCGUAGGUACCUCCCGUGUUUGGUAA